ACCGAGGGACCGCGCCGCGCGCGCCCCGGGCCCGGACAGCGCGGGUGUGGCGGCGGUGCAGAAUCUAAAGGAGAUCUUGGAGAAGGCGGAGCGGAUGGGGAAUGGCGGAGUGGCGGGGGGAGUGGACGGCGGUGUUGCGCUGAAUGGAUCAUCCGCGGGAGUAGGGGAGAGCGCGGGGGAAGGAGAGGGUGGUUCGGGUUCUGACGUGGAAGAAAUCGUGCUCGUGCGCAAGGAGGCGCCUAACGGGGCAGCUAGUGACGCAGCAGAAGAAACCGGGGAGAGCGCCAGCGUGGACUCCGCCGAUGCCGAGCCUCCAACGGUGGUUCGGCCCAAGCCGGUCAGGUUAGACAGGCCGAAGCUGGAUCGCCCUGUAGCGUCGUUCAGCCGCCCCGCCCCUCCCGCGCAACCGGCUCCGGCACGCCCGGGCGUGUACGUGCGCGGGCAGGCGCCCGCCGCUGGCGCAGGCGGAACGAGCGCAAAGGAGAAGCUGGCGUGGAAGCCCAAGGGUUCCGCCGACGCCUCGUCUUCCGACGAUGAACGCGCUUCCGCCGCUUCCGCGGGCGCGGAAGGUGCUCCGCGCAGGGGCCCCAUUCUGCGCGAUGCUGGGCGGAGAGUGCAGCCCGCCGCUGAGGGUAGAGGCGGAGCAAGCGCACUCGGCGGAGCUCCUUCCCCCGGGCCUUUCGGGGCUCCGGACAGGGCGCCGGGACGAGGCGGGCGGAAGGACACGCGGAGGAGAGGCGGGGAAGGCGACCGCGAGGGCGGGCCGGGGGCGGGACGGGGGAGGCGUGGGGGGAAGAGCGCAACGUUGGCGGAGCAGGCGCGGGGGAAUCGGAAGCAGAGCAAGGCUUCGCGCAGAGCUGCGCGUGAGGAGGCCAAGAAGGCCGCUGCGCCUGUUCAGGCGGAGAUUCUGGAAGUGGGGAAGGAAGGCAUGAGCGUGCAGGAGCUGGCGCGAGAACUCGCGGUUAACGACUCGGACGUGGUCAAGGCCCUGUUUAUGAAGGGCAUCGCGACUACAGUAAAUCAAGUUCUUGACGAGGAUACAGUGCGCAUGGUGUGUGCUGAGUACGGGGUGGAGGUUCUCGAUGCCAGCGAGGCAGCUGUGGAGGAAGCUGCCAGGAAGCAGCGCGAGUUUGUCCAGGAGGAGGACCUGGAGCACCUGGUGGUGCGCCCGCCUGUUGUGACUAUAAUGGGCCAUGUGGACCAUGGCAAGACCUCUCUGCUUGAUUACAUUCGCAAGACCAAGGUGGCAGCAGGGGAGGCAGGAGGAAUCACCCAGGGGAUCGGAGCCUACCGCGUGUGGGUGCCCUACGCUGCUGACUCAGACGCUGACUCAGGCGCUGACUCGGAUGCUGACGUGGAGGAUGAGAACGAGGCAGGGCUGCACACGUGUGUGUUCCUGGACACGCCAGGUCACGAGGCGUUCAGCGCCAUGCGGGCGCGGGGGGCGCGGGUGACGGAUAUAGCGGUGAUUGUGGUGGCAGCAGAUGAUGGGGUGAGGCCGCAAACUACAGAGGCUAUAGCCCACGCCCGCGCUGCAGGCGUCCCUAUUGUGGUCGCGAUUAACAAGAUGGACAAGGAGGGCGCGAACGCGGACAGGGUGAUGCAGGAGCUGGCAGCGGGAGGGCUCAUGUCGGAGGAGUGGGGAGGAGACACGCCCAUGGUGCCGGUCAGUGCAAAGUCAGGCCAAGGAGUGGACAGCCUUCUGGAGACGAUCAUGCUCGUGGCCGAGAUUCAAGAGCUGCGCGCCAAUCCGGACAGGCAGGCGGCAGGAACGGUGAUAGAGGCGAGUCUUGACAAGCAGAGGGGGCCGGUGGCAACGCUGCUGGUGCAGAAUGGCACGCUGAGGCUGGGAGACGUGGUGCUGUGUGGAGAGGCUUAUGGGAAGAUCCGAGCUCUGGUGGACGACACGGGCAGCCGCAGCGACUCCGCUGGGCCUUCCCUUGCUGUGGAGGUCCUCGGUCUCAGCUCCGUGCCAGUAGCAGGCGACCACUUUGAAGUGGUUGACUCGCUUGACCAGGCGCGCUCCAUGGCCGAGGAAGCUGCCGCGAAGCUGCGCACCGCCAGGCUGGCAGCCCUGCAGGGCGAGUCAAAGGUGUCGCUGACUGCCCUGGCAGGGAGGGGGGCGUCUGGAGGAGCGGGAGAUGGAAGCGACGGGGAUGAGGAGGGGCUGGAGUUCCACCAGCUGAACGUGAUUCUCAAAGUGGAUAACCAGGGUGCUGUGGAGGCGAUCAGAGAGGCACUCGCAGCACUGCCCCAAGACACAGUGUCGCUGCGAUUCCUGCUGCAGGCUGCUGGUGACGUGGCACUGAGUGACAUUGACCUGGCAGUUGCCAGCGAGGCGGUCGUGCUGGCGUUCAACGUGGGCAUGCCUCCCGCUGUGGAGGCAGCAGCCGAGGAGAAGGGCGUGGAAGUGCGGACGUACCGGGUCAUUUACGAUCUGAUCGAUGAUGUUCGCAAGGCCAUGGAGGGUCUUCUUGAUUCCGUGGAGGAGCGCACGCCUCUAGGCUCGGCGGAGGUUCGGGCGGUGUUUGGUGCGGGGAGCAGCAAGGUGGCUGGAGUGAUGGUGACAGAAGGGAAGCUCGUGAAGGGAUGUGGGGUGGCGGUGAUUCGAGGGAAGAAAGAGGUCUUCUCGGGUACACUCACAUCGCUGCGACGAGUCAAGGAACUCGCUAAGGAGGUUGUGGCGGGGCUGGAGUGCGGUGUGGGAGUGGAGGGCUUUGACGAAUGGCAGCAGGGCGACAGCAUCGAGGCAUUUGAAGUGGUGCAAAAGGCCCGGUCCCUCGAAGAUGCUUCCAAGGAAGUUUCCAAAGCCGUGGCGGAAAAAACCGAGUCCAUGGGGAUUGCGGUCAGCGCAGCGUGA